UGAAAUGGAGGGCCAAUUUAGUGGGUAGGAGAGAGGAGUUUUAAACUUACUCAAAACAAUUAGUUUUUCACAUUCUCUUUCCUAAUUGACAAUUGGAAACAAUCUGGCACCAGUCAAAGUUAAAACUUUCUUAAAAUUCAGUUCAAACUCACCUGUAGUUUUUUGACUUCCUUAUCUUGAUAGUCGUGCAGGUUUUCCUUAUGGGGCUGCAGAAAUAUUUUCACUCAUGCAACACAUGGGAUGUGAACCAGAUAGAGCUUCAUAUAACAUUAUGAUGGAUGCAUAUGGUAGAGCCGGUCUGUAUGAUGAUGCGCAAGCAGUGUUUGAAGAGAUGAAGCGGCUUGAGAUAACCCCAACUAUGAAAUCACACAUGCUACUUUUGUCGGCCUACUCAAAAAUUGGUAAUGUGGCAAAAUGUGAAGAAAUUGUGGGCCAAAUUCACAAAUCCGGGCUCAAACCAGACACAUUUGUCAUCAAUAGUAUGUUGAACCUCUAUGGCCGGGUAGGCCAACUAGAGAAGAUGGAACAGGUUCUAAAGGCUAUGGAAAAGGGACCAUUUGUAGCCGAUAUUAGCACGUACAACAUUUUGAUCAAUAUAUAUGGAAGGGCUGGUUUUUUUGACAAAAUGGAAGAGUUGUUUGAAUUGAUUCGUGCUAAGAACUUGAAACCGGAUGUGGUGACUUGGACAUCGCGGAUUGGAGCUUACUCGAGGAAGAAACAAUACCAAAGAUGUUUGGAAAUAUUUGAAGAAAUGAUUGAUGACGGUUGUUACCCGGAUGGAGGAACUGCUAAAGUACUCCUCUCAGCGUGUUCUAGCGAAGAUCAGAUUGAACAAAUUACUACUGUAAUUAGAACAAUGCACAAGGAAAUGAAGACAUCAUUGCCAACUUGAUGAAUGUAUGUGACACGCCACCUUCUCAAGUAUUCGAAUGCUGCAGCUACAAAUUUCAACCAACUCUACUACAACCCAAAAUUCAAGCAAAUCAUGUACUUCUUUUUCUCAAAUUAUAAGGUCCAGAAUAUCUUAAGUUCAAUUGAUGUAGCAUUCUAUCUUCCUUCCGUAUAAGCUUUAGCAAAAUUGUAAGGUCCAAAUUUUGAGUUCCUCGUGCACUAGGCUGUCCUUUUUAGAUGGACUCAUGUAUUUGUGUUUGUAUUACAUGGAUGCCUAUACUUGGGAUUUGUUAUUGAUAAUUAAAGUAUAAAAAAAAUAUUGAAAUAUUUAAGUACUAAA